AUGGCAGCCACUGUUAUCCGACGAUCUUUCUAUAAAGACACCUUGCAACCGGCUCUUCACAGGCGAUUCUCGUCGACAGCGACUCUGCUACUUGGAGUGGCCUACCUUGAAGCUCUUGCUCUAGCUUCCUGGAGCUCUCUGCUUUGGUCCUGGUUUCCUCUGGGUCCCACAGGUAUUCGAACCGCGAUCAUUUUCUCCUGCGGCCUGGCCCUUCUCAUCCUCCGCAUCGCGCACUACCACGUUGGCGUCAAGACUGAGACAGGCGCGCAGAGCCUAAAGACAUCACUUCUCAGCCACUCAACCUACGAAACGCUCUUCUGGUACAGCCUUUCCAGCACAAUAUUUUGCCCGGUGUAUCUGUGGUCCCUCGACGACAGUGCUGGCCUACGAUGGAUCACAUAUUUUAGCGGCGAUCGCGCGCGACUCAAUGAGCGACCCAUAUUCCUCGCCUGCUAUCUCGCCAGCUGCGCCUUAUUGCAAACGGUUAUACACUAUCGAAACGACAUCGAUCGGCUCACCAUUAUCAAGCCUGCCGCCAAGAAGGAGGAGCCAGCGACAAAGACUGGUGGAUUUCUCACUGGAUCGUCUCAGAAGAUUGCGCAGCAGUUUCCUACUGUCUUUGCAGGCUGCAUCAGGCAAGCGACAUACUCACUUGUUCUAGCCAUGGUCUUAUACUAUGCACUACUCCGGUCUUUCGCCUGGUCUUGGGCGUUGAUGCUGUUCCGCCCCUUCUACAACCUGCCUCGCACCAACAUUGUGCCCAGCAGCUGGCCUACCGAUCUGUUCUUGAUGAUUCGCUGCAUCUGGGCUGGCGCUCUUAUCCAUGGCGUCUGGGCGGCAGGCAACACUGGUUUCUCCAUUUUCAUGGCCAAGCCUCCUCUGAAGGCUGGAAGGCCCUUCACCAGCGAGUCCAAGGAUCCCAACGGCAGCCUUCUCAAUGGGCUCAAGAGCAAGAAGCCGUCUGUACAGUCAAAGUGUUUCGCCAUGUGGGAGCUUGCAAUCAUUGCGCAGGAUUUCGACGCACAACGAAAGGCCAUUUUUGCCGACAUUGAUCGCAAAGACGGUCCCAUGUGGUCUCAGGUGUACACCAUUUGCAUGGCUGUUCUGAAGGGCAUGGAAGAGCGGGUUGAUGCUUACGGCAAACCCUUACUUCCAGCCGUGCCUGUCAAGGCACCGGAAGAACCAAGGCAGCGGGUCUCUGCGCCUCUCAAGCAGGAUCAGAUUUUUACAAAAGGCAGCGUACCUCGCGGUGGCGUCGACAAGGCAUGGGACCAAAUUGCACGCUCACCUGGUACAUCGCCAAUUGCCGAGCUUAGCCCAUUGGCCAAAAAGACUUGGAAGCAGACCCGCGAUCGCAUGCUCACCAAGGAACAGCAGGAGGCUGUCUCCAAGGAGAGCAUACGAUCAUACGUUGAUCACGCUGCCUCGUACUUGCUGAAGUUGGAGUGGAUUGGUAGCGUCUUUCGCCAGGAUUUUGCAACCGAGUUCGCUGCUACUGUCCUGGGCCAGCCAUACGCAGAGCCCACGGUGUACAUUCAUGCCACUCAGGCAUUGUGCCAGCUUGCUAUUCGCAGUUUGGCAGAGGACCAAUAUGGCAAGGUCCACCGUGAUGUCCCGAGCAUCAUUCGCGUUCUUACCGCCAUCAUCAAGAAAGUGGAGGGACUCAAGGCUCGGUUCCCCAUUCACUGGACAGACUCGUCACGGCGCCGAGAGAGCCCUGAGGUGGACCAGGUCAUUGACGCCAUGCGCCUCGGCUUGGAGCAGGUUGUCGCCAAGUUUGAGCCCUAUAGCAGUGAUCUCAGAUUGAACUUGACGGAUCUUCGCCUUGCCAAGGAGGCCAUGACAAAGCCGCAGGCUGCCGCAGAGCCGCAACCGGUCAAGGUGACCAAGAAGACUACAGAGAAGAGCGCAAAACGGACGGACUUGUCAAGGCCGAAGCCGAUUACGCAGAGAAAAGCAGAGCCGGCCGUGAGACAACGACUGGAUCAGCGCAGACCAGAAAUGGAGCAAGCUCGGUGA